CACAAGUUGCCAUUUGCUGCAGCGAUCGAGAACCUCUUUUUCCUGUUGACUUCAAGUAUCUUUCAGGAUAGCUUUUUUUCCCUUAAGUCAUCUGUUGAUAUGCCUUAUGGGUGUAAUGUUCAUAUCACAGGAUCUUUAGAAGAAAAAUCCAUUCUUUCCUGUUCAGGUAAACAUGUUUACAGCAGCUGCACAGACGCUGGGUGGUUCAGACUCACAUGUCACACACAUGUCGUCAGCAACAAGAAAAGCCCCUUUUUCUGGUGAUGAACAUUUUAAAUAAGGUAAAGAGCCAACAGCCCUCGCUGAACCAACUUACCUUUCACAAGCCACAUCAGCAACAGCGGCUGUAGCUCAAUAUAGAACACACAGUAUUUGACGCUAAAACAGGAAAUUAAAUUGCAAUGGCCUGUGCGCUGCUCCUUGCUGUAACGAGUCAUCUCUCCACAAUGAGGAUACCAAAUAUUAGUUAUCGGUCCUAACAAACGUCUUUAAAAAGCGAAUGUUUAUUAGAAUAACUAAAAACCAUUCAUGAAAGCAGUGAUUUCAGUGUCAGCCCAAUAUAUAAUACAUGUUUACGAUUGGAAGGAAACAUCAUGAAACAGCUUAAAAUCUUGGUAUCUGCUUCUAGACAGGAAAUCCCACACAAAAUCUAAAAUUGCCAGGAAAGGUUACAAAACCUCGCGUUUCGCAUCCCAGAGGGGAAGGAGAAAGGGAGCAAGGGAGCCGGGGAGGUGGGGGUGGGGCGGGGCGGGGAAGCGCCAGAGAGUUUGCACUCAAACACACAUUUCCUCAUUUUUCUGGAAGGUACAGCGAUCCCAUUAUAGGCGCAUUUAUUGCCCUACUCCUAAAACUCGUUUUAAAAAUAACGCAGGAGCCCAAAGGAGUCCCUUGGUCCGAAACGUACGCGUAAUUCCUUAUAUAGUCUGGGCUGCAGCCCGCAGCAGGGCCGUUGCCGCCCAUUAUUAUACAAACAGGUACCCGGCCGCCGGUGGGAGACCUCGCCUGUGCCUGCCGCCCCCGGGCGGACAAGUCUUGCUUCUCUCACCACAGAAACUGUCCAGACAAUAACAAUCAGCAGACAUUUCACUGCUGAACAGGAGGGAGAGAGAGCACAGAAUCGCCCCGAGAUACGCAGAAAUGCAAGCAACUUACAAUGUCUUUCCAAACUGGAAAAGGCGACUGUGCAACCACCACCACAUGUUCGGGUCUGCCGCUCUCUCGCUGUCUCUCCCCCCCGUUAUUCACUAUUAUUUUUAACUCUCACGCACGGCAGGGAAGUGUGUGUUUCCCCGGCACAUGGACACAAAUCAAUAAACACUGCAGCUGCAGCGCACCCGCGCGUCCGUGGGUCUGUCCGCCCCCUCCCCCACCCGCCUUCCACCCGAGACCCAGCGCGCCACCCAAGCUCCAUUACCCGGCUUCAGCGCUCCGCGCGUCCGGCCCAGGUAACAACUUCCCCAAAAACCGAAAAGAGAAAAAAAAGAUAGGCGUCCGCACAGAGCCCCAUCCUGGCGCGGAGAAGCAGCCUUCCCCGGGGAGGGGAUCUGUCUGUGGUGCUUCCCCGACUCUGAGACCAGGUAACAACUCCACAAACGCACGCGCCGCCCAGCUCGCCGCCAGCUCCAGGUCUCCCGCGGCGGCAAGUAGGUGCCCGCUCGAGCCCGGAGUCCCCGGCCGCCCCGCCAGCUCUCCACGGAACAUGGACGGCAUUCCCAGGGCUCGCCUCACCGUCCCCAGCCCCGGGACCCAGGAGAAGGGAGGGGAGCCGCUGAAGGCCCCGCGCUUCCGUCCUGCUGCCCCCCAUUCCGCGGGCGCGCCUCGCUGGCGGGUCAUAACUUCAUCGCCGCCGGCCCAGCCCGGUCCGCCCGCGGCGCGCUCCGCCAGGACCCGCGCAGACGCGCGCACGGACGGCACGCAGCCCGCAGCCGCCGCCGCCGCCUCCGGCCGCCUGGCCCGGCCCAAGCCGCGGGGCCCGAGCGACAGCGACCGCCCCGGCCGGGGCCGCGGCGCGCGGAAGGCACUUUGCAGGGUCAGCGCGGGGCACAAGUUACUUCCCCGGCUCCCGGGGGCCUCCGCGCUGAAGGAGGAUAACACGGAGGGGGAUGAGGGGGGGAGGCGCCGAGGGGCAGGCGAGUGGGGAAAAGUGCGAAAGAAGCAACAGCCGCUCCACCCAGGACCAGAAAAGUGGCCGGCCGCCUCCCGGCCGCCCGCCCAGCACCGGGGAUGCGGCGGCGGCGGCGGCGGCUAACGGUCCACGGAGGCGGCAGGGGCGGCAGGAGCCGCUAGGCGGAGAGACCAGAGCUCUUCAAGAUUAAAAAAGCCAAAGCAACAAGAUUGAAGGAACCUGAGUCCUUGACGCUGUGGAAUACCAUAACCAGCCCUGGGUUUCCUACCUCCGGAUCUCUUCUAAAGGGAGAAAUAAACUUACAUCUACUUUAAGCCACCAUUAUCUUAGGUUUUCUAUAAUACGCAGCCAGAGUUAAUCCUGUUUGAUAUAGGCAUGUGUAUUAGUUUCCUAUUGCUGCUGUAAAAAAUUACCACAAACUUAGUGGCUUAAAAUAACACAAAUAUAUUAUCUUAACAGCUCUGGAAGUUAGAGGUCCAAAAUGGAUCUCACCAGGCCCAAAUCAAGGUUUUGGUAGGAUUGGGUUCCCUCUAGCAGGCGCUAGGGAGGAUCUUUUCUAGCUUCUAAAGGCCUCCCACCUUGGUUUGUGGCCCUCUUCCUCCAUCUUCAAAGCUACCAGCAUUAGGCAGAGUCCUCCUCAUUUUGCCAGCUCACUAGUUCUAUUUCUGCCUCCCUCUUCCAUUUAUAAGGCCUUUGUGAUUAAAUUAAAACCAGAUAAUUCAGGGUAUCUCUCCAUUUCAGGAUCAGCUGAUUGGCAAGCUUAAUUCUUCCUGUAAUCUGAAUUCCCAUUUGACACAUAACAACAUAUUCUAGGUUCCUGUAAUCAGGCCUUAAACAUCUUUGGGAGCUGCUAUCCUGACUACCAAAGUAUACAGGAUUUAAGUUUCAUGGUUGAGAAGUAUAUUUUUAUUGAUUAAUUUGUUCAUCUUUAAUUUACAAGCAACUUUACAGCAUUAUGAUAAUUGGUCAUUUUUAUGUAAUGUUAGUAUUGUGCCACAGGGAACUUUUAAUUAUUAUUUAUUGGCUCAUUUAUUCAACUAAGAUUCUCAGCAUAUUCUGUGUGGCAGAUGCUGUAUGGGACUAUAAAUGCUUAAUACAGUCCCUGGCCUCAAGAAGCUUACAGGUUUGUGGAAGAAAUAGAUUAACAAAGAAGCUGUUAGACAAAUGUCCAGGAGAUGCAGUGUACAUGGUACAUGGGAGAGACAUCUAAACUAACCUGGAGUCUAGCAAGUCUUUCUUGGAGAACUGAUGGAAUUUGUUGGGAGAACCAGGCAAGACAGAAGUCACAGUGUAGGCAAAACUCCCCAGAUGAAAGUACAGUGAUUUUUGGGGGCAAAUCCAAUAGAAUGAAAACAUUGAAUAAAUAUAAUUUAUUCCAGAUGAGACUGUAGUGGUAGGUAAGGAGGAACGAGAUAUGAAUACACUGAGGAUUGGGGACCUUAUAUAAGCAAUUGUAAUCCAUGAAAGGAUUUUUAAAAAGUCAAGAGUAUCCACAUUGCACAAGAUGUUAGUGUUCUAGCGCAUGGAGAGAAAAAGCAGAAAAGCAAGCAUUGAGAGAACUUAAUUUUUUAAUUUUGAAUAAUCACUUAGCAAGGAACAACCCAGCAAGGAAAAGCAAGAUGUGACUAUGCAAAUGAAGCACAGGUGAAGAAUAACAUUUCCAGAUUAUAUCAACAAGUAGUGUAAUACUAUUAUUAAAACUUAAGCAGUAUAAAAAAGCACAAUAUUUCCAAUGUUUUCAAUAGUAAUGAAAUUGUUUCAACUUAUAUACAUUCUUGUAGUGGUCUUUCCAGGUGCUAAUGCUUCCUCAGUACAUGGCAGACCAUCAAAAUUAUAUGAUAAAUGAAUGAAGAUAAGGAGUCUUCAAUGUAUCUUUUUUCUCCACUAUUUUUUCCACUGUUGUGUUUACUACAGCCUAAGUCACAAAAGCUAGCAGCAUCUCCUCUCAGAUUCUGCUGUCUUCCAGAUUACUUUACAUAUUUCCGAGAAGGCAGAUUAGUUUUAUUUCUUUGGAUUUCAGAUUAUCUCAGAACUUUUCCAGUUGUAUCAGAAUUCUUGGGAAUUAGAUAACCAGCCCCACUUAGCUAGUUAUUCCCUCCCAUACUUCAGAACACCUUGUAUGUACCACUGUUGUAGCACUUACCACUUUUACUUUAUGUGUUACAUAAGUAACACUCCUCGCUUCAUCUGAGCUUUUCAUCUUUGCAUUUCUGUUACCAAAAGCAAUGCCUGCUUCAUGGGAAGGCAUACUCAAAAAUUACGGAAAACAGUGAAAGUUCAUUGCCGUUCUUGAAUCAUUCUGGAGAGAUUUCAUGAAGAGCAAAUGAGAUAUUGUAUGUGAAGUGUUUUACAUGGUGCCUGGCACAUUUGGAAGACAGUAAAUGAUAGGUAACACAACAAAGGUAAAUUCUAAGUAAAGAUCAGAGUCAGAUAUUAGGAGCUAAUCCACUAGAAUUUCUCCACAGUGCCUUUCUGCUCAGCUAAAAGAUAAUUUUUAUCCCUGAAAUUAUCACUCAGGCAUAGGUCGAAUCAUUCUAAUUACAGGGCAAAGAAAAGAGAUGAUACUAACAUAUUGUUUGUUUAACAUUAGUUGGGAUAUUUCUUAUAGUCUCGAAAUACUGUUGGCUUAUGUCAGCUUAUACUAUCUCAGGAAUUGUCUACACAAUAAAUAAAUAUACUAUCCUAGGAUAAAUAACAGUAUUUGCAAUGCAAUUAGAUGACAUGUUAAAGAUUAUGGAAGAAAUAUAAAAACUAUCAACUAUUUCUUGGGUUGUUUUUAACAGACACCAAUUCAAACAGGCCCAAGCAAAAAAGAUAGGAAUUUAUAAUAAGGGUGUGUGUGUGUGUGUGUGUGUGUGUGUUUGAAUAAAAUGCCGGAGUAGGAGAGGAGGUUGUGUGUGUGUGUAUUUGAAUAAAAUGAGUAGGGGAGUGGAUAGCUCUCACAAGUGAGGAGUUGGACUGCCUUUAGAUAUAUAGGCAGGGCCUCUCCUUACUUUGCAUCUCUCUCUGCUUCUGUUUUAUUUUCUUUCAGGACUUAACUGUUGUGCAUGAAAGUGGUAUCAACUCAGAGGAGGUAUGAGGAGACACUUCGAUGUGUCCACUCUAACAUUACAUAGCACUUAGAGUGAAAACAGCCCUAUUCCUGCUCUAACACAAGUGUCAUUCAAUCUUCUUUCACGUGUAUGUUUAUAUAGUUAUAAAAAUGCCUAAGUUUUUCCAUUUGUGUAUGAGAACUACAUAACAUUUAGUAUUAGGCUGUUUUCACAUAACAUUAUCACACACAUUUUCUAUACAUGACCAUAACCUUUAUACUCGAAUUUUUUUUAGCUUGACUAUAUACUCCUCAAAUUGUUAUGCUAUGAUUUACUAAACCAGUUACAUAUUGCUGAACAUUUAAAUUCCAGUUUUUGUUUUGUGAAGAAUGAACACUAUUGUUAUAUAGUUUGUUUUUUAUCAUUUUCUGGGGAAAUAUUCUCAAAACUGGAAUCAUUUAGUCCAUGGGAAUGAAAAUGCUUGUAUCUUUUAAAAAUAUUGUAUUGUCUGCUUGCUUUUGAAAAGGAUUGUGCCAGUAUAUGAUACUACUAAAAAUAUAUGACUGUCUCACCAUCAUUAGACAUUUUUGAAUAUUACUAGCUUAUUCACACUGAUUAGAAACAUAUGACUCACACAAUGUUGUAGAAUAUGUAAAUAGAAAAACACUUAUAAUGAAACAUAUAUAAACAUAUAUAAAUAUGUUUAUGAAAACAUAUAAAUAUGAAAUAAAUUCCAUACUGAACUAAACCAAUAAUCAUUCUAGUUUUGGAUUUUGAGACUACUAAAGCCUUUUCAUGUCUGGUAUUACAAAAAUAAAAUUGUGUGUGUGUGUAUACAUUUCUUUAUUUAAAAUUUCCUUAUUAGUGAACAGUUUGUAUUUCAUUUAGAUUCUAAUAAGUUUAUCACUGGAGUUUUUUGAAUAAACAUCUAAUAACAGUAUUUAGCAUUUUUGUAAGCUUCAAGUUCUUGCUUGCUCUUGUAAAAUAAUCAGUUAACUGCAAGGAUCCCUUUUAUAUGCUAGCAAAAGUUAGCAAUUUGGGAAUUCCUGAGUAAAUAUACUUGAAUAUCAAAUAAAUUUGAAAGAAACCCAAAGGAAUUCCUAGGAUACUAUGCAAUCAUUUUUUUUUUAAUGAAGCAGGUGAUCUGAAAAGCUUUCAAAGAUGAAAAGGAAAGUUAAAGGUAAGCUAAAGAAUGGUUUGUAUAGUUUGCUACCAUUUCUUUUAUACACAAACACAUACAAUUACACACACAUGUGUUUAAGUGCAUGAAAUAUUUGAACAAAGACAUGGUAGCAACUUUUGCCUUUAGAGGGUAGUUCUGGGAACCUAAACUACAGGAGAGAAAGAUUUACUUUGUACUGAAUAUCUUCAUACCUUUUGAAUUUUGUAUCAUGAGCACAUUUAUCUAUUCAAAAAUGUGAAUAAUGGUGAUUUUUAAUAAUGGAUCCAAAGGGCUAGAUAAUCCUCUUGAAAAUUGUUUUAGGUCUAAGAUUAUUCAUAAGAGGUAAGCUACAAAGACUUCGGUACUCAGAAUUAUGAUAAAGUGAUUCCAAUGAAAUCUGCAAGUUGCAUAUAUAGUCAAGUCUUAGCCCUGCGAUGGGCACAGGCAUAGCCUCAUCUGAAUUACAAAUCUCUCUUAGCCACUAUUUUUACUUGUGAUCCACAUCCAAACCAUACAAUUCUAGCCAAUUUUACAUUUUGUUGGUUUUCUGUGGUAAAUUUUUAAUUUCAGGUGGUUUUUCUUGCUUUCCUUUAUCAAGACUGCCUGUAUCUGGCAAAGGGCACUUAAGAAACGGAAGAACAAUUUCAAUAUUAGCAAAAGAAGGGUGGAUAGGUGGGUGGAUGGGUGGAUAAUGGAUGGGAUUUGAGAGUCUAUACUCAACUCUUUACUAUAAUUUUGGGCAAAUCACCUAACUUUUCUGAGUCUGAGUUCUUUCUCUGCAGAAUCAAACCUAAUUUUCCUGCAUAAACUAAAAUCCCCUAUAUAUUCACAGAGUUCUGGUGAGGAUCACAUGAGAACGUGUAUGGGCAAAUUAUUUUGAACAUUGUAAGACAAAGAAUUUUUAAGUUUUACUGUAUGAAUCUAUCAAUAUAGAAAUUCCAAAGUCAUAUUAAUGAAUUUUGAAUAAUUAUAUCUUUCAUAUUUUAUUAGAGCCUCUGUAAUAUUAACUCACUUUGGUAACAUAAAUUGGGUUAUUUUUCUCACUUUCCUUUCUCUCAUACACCCUCUGACAAGAGAUGCUUUUAAACAGUGAUAGUAUCAAAAAUAUACAAAAGGCAGAGUAAAAAGUCUGAAUUGAAAUGAUCUAUCAAAUAUUUGACUAUUAUGUUAAAUCUAUCAUGACAUGGUUAUGAAAAUUAUUUGCUGUUUAUUUUUGAAGGUUUUGCAAAGGACGGUUUUUAAUUUUAUGACCAGUUUUUGUCUCUGAAAUUAUCUGCCUAGACUUUGGCCAAGGAGUUCUCUUAACUCUCAAAUGCAAUUGAAUUUAAUCAUGUUUUUUUUCUAGGUUACUUUAUAAAGUGUUUCUAUAGAUCAUAAAAAUUCCCACAACAAAUCAAAUUUCUAUUUUAUCUCUAGCUUUGAUAUUUUAUAUUGUUGCUCUCUGUAUAGAUAAUUAUGUUGUUUUAUCUUCAGUAGCCAUAUUUUACUUUUCUUUUUAAUUGAAAUAUAGCUGAUUAUAUUCAUAUUGGUUUCAGGUGUGCGACAUAGUGAUUUAACAUUAUAUCCAUUACUAAAUGCUCACCAGAAUAAGUGUAGUUACAAUCUGCUGUUAUACAAAGAUACUACAAUAUUACUAUAUUCCCUGGGCUGACUUAUUUAUCUUAUAAUGAGAAGUUUGUACCUCUUUAUCUUCAUCACCUAUUUCACCCAUCCCCCUACUGUCCUCCCCUAUGACCACCAGUCAGUAGCCAUAUUUUAGUUACAAAAAUCACUUAUAGUUAAAAUAGUAUGGAAAGCACGUGUUAUUCAACAUGCUUUGCUAUUACUUUCAACUAACAAUUUAUUUUAUUUUAAUGUUUUAAAUAGUUAUAUAAUUUUGCCAUUUUAUGUACAUUGAAUUAAUUUGUCAUUAAAUAAGUAUCUUUUCUCUUUAGUAGUACAACUUAUUUCCUGAAACUACCCAUGUGAUACUGUGCUUUUGAUUGGUAAAGUCAUUAAUCAAUGUUACUGCUUCUCAAAUGUCAUAAUAAUAUGAAAGAAUUUCUGUCAGGUAUUUCAACUAGCUAACUGGUGACACUUUUAGUAAAUGCCAUAAAGUAAUAUAUGAAUAAAACAUCAAAUGUUCAGCAUAAACUUUAUUAAUAGUGGAAAUGAUUAGUAUAAGAAGCUACUCAUAAAAACAUUGACCAUAUCAGAAAAAUAUAAUUAUAAUUUUUUGAGAUGAUUGAAUAAAUUGAUUAUAGUUCUUCCCUGUUUUAUUUUCUCUUCCUGUAGAAGUCAUAGUAAAUCAAGAAAAUGAAUUUCCUCCUUUUUUUCAUAAUAUCUAGUUUAUGUAUGUUUUUGUCUUGCCUUGAACUUAUAUUCUCCAGACUUUGGGGAUCUUAUAGACAUAAAUAGAGCCACUAAAAUAUAUUUUUGGUGGUGGCUGGUUUCAAAGCAUGUGCUUGUUGCAUCUGCUCCUCUCCCGGUGUUAGCAUCAGACUGACCAAAAGGCUAUCAACCAGACAAAAGCAUUUGAUGCAAAGAAUUUGAUGACCCAUGAACUGGAAAACCAUCCCCUGAAUAAUUCAAAAUCAAUUGAAUGUUUUCCCCUAUAUAUAAAAUUGCUCUGUAGUUUCAUUCAUUUCUGCA